AUGGGAAGAGGAAGAGUAGAGCUAAAGAGGAUAGAGAACAAGAUAAACAGACAAGUAACGUUUGCAAAGCGUAGGAAUGGUUUGUUGAAGAAAGCUUAUGAAUUGUCUGUUCUUUGUGAUGCUGAGGUUGCUCUCAUCAUCUUCUCUAACCGUGGCAAGCUCUAUGAGUUUUGCAGCUCCUCAAACAUGAUCAAGACACUGGAACGGUACCAGAAAUGCAGUUAUGGUUCUAUUGAAGUCAACAACAAACCUGCCAAAGAACUUGAGAAUAGCUACAGAGAGUAUCUUAAGCUGAAGGGUAGAUAUGAGGGACUUCAGCGUCAACAAAGAAAUCUUCUUGGAGAGGACUUAGGACCUUUAAAUUCAAAAGAACUAGAGCAAAUUGAGCGUCAAUUAGAUGGCUCUCUCAAGCAAGUUCGCUCCAUCAAGACACAGUACAUGCUUGACCAGCUCUCUGAUCUUCAAAACAAAGAGCAAAUGUUGCUUGAAACCAAUAGAGCUUUGGCUAUGAAGCUGGAUGAUAUGAUUGGUGUGAGAAGUCAUCACAUGGGAGGAGGAUGGGAAGGCAACGAACAUAACGUUUCCUAUGCUCAUCAUCAAGCUCAGACUCAAGGACUAUUCCAGCCUCUUGAAUGCAAUCCAACUCUGCAGAUGGGGUAUGACAAUCCAGUAUGCUCGGAGCAGAUAACUGCAACAACACAAGCUCAGACACAGUCCGGUUACAUCCCAGACUGGAUGCUCUGAGAGUCAUGUGAUCAACCUCGCCAGCAAAAGAUCUGUUUUAUAUAUAAAAAAGUGUAGACACAAGACUUGGAUUUGUAGGCAUAAGUAUAUGUGAUGUUUGUGUAUUUUGGGAAACCUUGCUCUGUUAAGGAUUGCUAUAUGUGGAACUUGAUAUACCAUUGAACCUAACUUAAUUAUUAUAAAAGUACUGCAACAGUGCAAUGAGAAAAAUUUAGAGUGGUGAUCUCUCCUUG